AUGGAGAUUCAAGCCCUCAAUCUAGAGAAGAAAGAGCUUCAAUCAAGACCUCUGUCUGGAGAGAAAAGCUGGGUGGAGCUUCUUCAUCACUUCUUUGCUGAGACCAAAGAAGCAGGAAUAUGUGGUUUUGAUAAACUCCAGCUUGUGUUCAUCCUUGAUGGUCUGGAUGAGUGUCGACUUCCUUUGGACUUCCACAACGCGUUCCUGACUGAUGUUACCGACUCGGCUUUGGUGGACGUGCUGCUGACAAACCUCAUCAUGGGGAAACUGUUCCCUUCUUCCUGCCUCUGGCUGACCACAACACACGAGGCAACCAGUCAAAUCCCUCCAGGGUUCAUUGACAUGGUGACAGAGGUGAGAGGGUUCUCUGAUCCAAAGAAGGACGAGUACUUCAGAUGGGGAUUCAGGAAUAAGGAGCUGGCCAGCAGAAUCAUCACGCACAUCAAGGCAUCAAAAAGCCUCCACAUCAUGUGCCACAUCCCAGUCCUCUGUUGGAUCACUGCAACAGUUCUGGAGGAUUUGUUGAAAACCACAGAAAGAGGAGAGUUGCCCAAGACCUUGACUGAGAUGUAUAUCCAUUUUCUAUUAGAGCAGUCCAAACUGGCAAAUGCAAAAUAUCAUGAAGGAGCUGAGACAGAUCCACUCUGGAACACAGAGACCAUGUCUCUGGGAAAAUUGGCUUUUGAGCAGCUGCAGAAAGGCCACCUGAUCUUCUAUGAAGCAGAUCUUAAAGAGUGUGGCAUUGACAUUAAAGCUGCUUCUGUGUACUCAAGCGUGCUCACACAGAUCUUUAAGGAGGACCGUGGGCUGAACCAGGACAAACGUUUCUGCUUCGACCACUUGAGCUUUCAGGAGUUUCUGGCUGCCCUUCAUGUCAUUGUGUCCUUCAUCAGCUAUGGUGUCAACGUGUUGUCAGAAGACCAACCAACCUCCCAACAGUCUGCUCUCAUUACUGGGCAAUCUGCAGUCAAUCAGCUCUUCCAGAGUGCAGUCAACAAGGCUUUACAGAGUCCAAAUGGACACCUGGACUUGUUCCUCCGCUUCCUCGUUGGCCUCUCACUGCAGACCAAUCAAGCACUUCUUCAAGGCCUAUUGAAUCAAUCAGGAAGUAGCUUACAGAGCAAUCAGGACACAGUCCAGUACGUCAAGGAGAUGAUCAGGAAGAAUCCCUCUCCAGAGCGACGCAUCAACCUGUUUCACUGUCUGAAUGAGCUGCGUGAUCAUUCUCUGUUGGAGGAAAUCCAACAGUACCUCAGUUCAGAAUGUCUGUCCACAGACAAACUGUCUCCUGCUCAGUGGUCGGCUCUGGUCUUCAUCUUACUGUCAUCAGAGAGCAAGUUGGAUGUGUUUGACCUGAAGAAAUUCUCUGGUUCAGAGGAAAGUCUUCUGAAGUUGCUGCCAGUGCUUCAAGCCUCCAGUCUAUCUCUGUUGAGUGGCUGUAACCUGUCUCAGAGAAGUUGUGAUGCUCUGGCCUCAGCUCUCAGCUCCGUGACCUCUAAUCUGAGAGAGCUGGACCUGAGUUACAAUGUGAUGGAUCCACAACUCCAGGUGCUCACGGGUGGCUUGAAGGAUCCACAAUGUAGCCUGGAAACUCCCAGGCUGACUAACUGUAAGCUGACAUCAGAGAGUAUUGAAGCUCUGUCUUCAGUUCUCAGUUGCCCGUCCUCCAGUCUUAAAGAUCUGGACCUCACUAACAACAACUUGAAGGACAAAGUGAAGUGGCUCUCUGUGGGAUUGGAGAGUCCACACUGUAGACUUGAAACUCUCAGGUUGAUUUUCUGUGCACUGACGUGGAAUAGCUGUGAUGAUGUGGGCUUGUUCCUUAGCUCCAAGUCUUCUGUUCUGAGACAGCUGGACCUGAGUAUGAACGACCUGGAGGAUUCAGGAGUGCUGGUAUUCAGUACCGGACUGAAGAAUCCCCGCUGUAAACUGGAAACUCUCAGGCUAAGGGCUUGUAAAUGGUCAGAAAAGAGCUGUGAAACUCUGGCUUCAGUUCUCAGCCUCCAAACCUCCAUCUUGAAAGAGCUGGACUUGAGUAACAAUAGCUUGCAGGAUUCAGGAGUGAAGUUUCUUUCUGCUGGACUGGAGAGUCCACACCUGUAA